GAGAUAAAACUACAAAACAGUGGCAGACAUGAGGCUGGGGAGCUCCGGGGGACGGUGAGGGUCUGGGGAGGCCGGCUCAGGACUUUGCACCCCCCCCCAAUAACAUGCAAUGACCCCUGGCCCGGCCCCCUGUGCUCCGCUGUGAUUGGGAUCUGUGGCCCCCCGGGCCCCCUUGUGUAAGAGGACAUGGCUGGUAGGGGAGGCCUCUUAUAAGGGAGGCUGGGAGACCCCCCCUUCCCCCGGACUGACAGCUGGAGACGGUGUGGAUGUCUGUCAAUGGAACUUCUAAGAGACUCUGUUGUACAUUUUACUUUUCAGAUGUCUUCGUACAAGAGGGCGACGCUGGACGAGGAGGAGCUGGUGGACUCCAUCGGUGAGGGCGAGGUCUACCCCAAUGGAGUGCAGGUCAACCUGCGAGGAACCCGCAACCGGAACAGCUGCUGGACGCAAAGGACGCAUGUGGAGAAGAGGCUUCUGGUCCUGGUCGCUAUCCUGUGCAUCGGGCUCCUGGCGUGUCUGCUGUCUCUGGCUCUGCAGUAUAGAAGCAAAAAUCGCACCUGCCUGUCGGAAUCUUGCAUCUCGGUCACCAGCUCCAUCCUGCGCUCUCUGGAUCCCAGCGUAGAUCCGUGUCAGGACUUCUACAGUUAUGCCUGUGGCGGGUGGAUCAAAGCCAACCCGGUCCCCGACGGCCAUUCCCGCUGGGGGACCUUCAAUGAGCUGUGGGAGCACAACCAGGCCGUCAUGAAGCAACUGCUGGAAAACAAGACUAUGAAUUUCAGCAGUGCUGCCGAGCACAAAGCUCAGAGUUACUAUCAGGCCUGUAUGAACGAGUCCAAAAUCGCAGAUCUCGGCGCCAAACCGCUGCAAGACCUCGUAGAGAAGCUCGGUGGGUGGAAUAUCACUGGUCCAUGGGACAAGGACAACUUCCAGGAGAUCCUGCAGGCCAUCACUGCGUACUACAGAGUCUCUCCCUUCUUCUCUGUGUUUGUCAGCGCAGACUCCAAGAACUCCAACAGCAACAUCAUCCAGAUAGACCAAUCUGGUUUAGGUUUACCGUCUCGAGAAUACUACCUGAACAAAACUGCCAAUGAGAAGGUUCUCACCGGAUACCUCAACUUCAUGGUGCAGCUGGGGGUCCUCCUGGGUGGGGAGGAGAACACCACACGCCAACAGAUGCAGGAGAUCCUGGACUUCGAGACAGCCCUGGCCAAUAUCACCAUCCCGCAGGAGAAGAGGCGAGAUGAGGAGCUCAUCUACCACAAAAUCACCGCCAAAGAGCUGCAGGAUCUGGUACCCAUUGUGGAUUGGAUGCCCCUUCUCCAAACUGCCUUUCGCCCCGUGGAGAUCAAUGAGACGGAGCCUGUGGUGGUCUACGCUAAAGAAUACUUGAUGGAGGUGUCCAGUCUCAUCAAUAACACUGACAAGAGAAUCCUGAAUAACUACAUGAUCUGGAACGUGGUGCGUAAGACGAGCGCCUUGUUGGAUCAGAGGUUCCAGGACGUUGAAGAGAAGUUCCUGGAAGUCAUGUAUGGAACCAAGAAGACUUGCACCCCACGCUGGAAGUUCUGUGUUGGUGACACGGAUAUCAAUCUCGGCUUCGCUUUGGGUGCCAUGUUUGUGAAGAGUGUGUUUGCGGAAACCAGCAAACCCCGGGCUAUGCAGAUGAUAAAAGGUAUAAAGAAGGCCUUUGAAGAGAGUCUGCAGACGCUGAGCUGGAUGGAUGAAGAUACGAGGAAAGCCGCCAAAGAGAAGGCUGAAGCAAUCUACGAUAUGAUUGGUUAUCCAAACUUCAUCAUGGACCCCAAGGAGCUGGAUAAAGUGUUCAAUGAUUAUGAAGUGACUCCGGAUCUCUACUUCCAGAACGUCAUGUUGUUCUAUAACUUCUCAGCCAGAGUGACCGCCGAUCAGCUCCGCAAACCACCCAACAAGGACCAGUGGAGUAUGACCCCGCCGACGGUCAACGCUUAUUAUUCCCCCACCAAGAAUGAGAUUGUCUUCCCAGCCGGGAUCCUGCAGGCUCCGUUCUACACCAGCUCCUCUCCAACGGCUCUAAAUUUCGGUGGGAUUGGAGUGGUGAUGGGACACGAGCUGACUCAUGCGUUUGAUGACCAAGGCAGAGAGUAUGACAAGGACGGGAACCUGCGUCCCUGGUGGAAGAACUCUUCGGUUGAGGCCUUCAAGAAGCAGACGGAGUGCAUUACCAAUCAAUACAGCAGCUACAAGGUGAACGGCGAGGCCAUCAAUGGGAAUCACACGCUGGGCGAGAACAUCGCAGAUAACGGCGGACUCAAAGCUGCUUAUCGGGCAUACCAGAAUUGGGUGAAGGAGAACGGAGAGGAGAAGGAGCUGCCAUCACUGGGGCUCUCCAACAACCAGCUCUUCUUUGUGGGGUUCGCCCAGGUGUGGUGCUCGGUGCGCACUCCAGAGAGCUCCCAUGAAGGUAUCAUCACUGACCCCCACAGCCCGUCCCGCUAUCGGGUCAUCGGCUCAGUUUCCAACUCCGGAGAAUUUGCCAGACAUUUCCAGUGUCCGGAGGGCACUCCGAUGAACCCGGUCAAGAAAUGUGAAGUCUGGUGAUGAAGACGCUGGGGGAGGGGGAGGGGAUUGCGUGACGACGCAGGAACACGUAUUUGUGAAACCACUGACAGGACAGGGGGGGGGGGGGCGUGAGCGCGGUCAUCCCUCCGCUAUAGAGGACACCGUUUACGACUCAUGUCUGAAGUUUAUCUCUUGCACCCCGUGGCAAUUUUUUUCUCCCGUUUUUUCAGCCGUUGGUGGCUGGUUGCACUAGUCUCACCAAGUGUCUAUCGCCCCCUCUCUUCCCCCCUGUGGUUCUGCACCCAGAGUGGUCUCAUUGUCUAGCACUGACUUAGUAGGAAUGGGCCGUGUACACCUGUUUUUUGUAAUUUAAAGGGACACAACACUGGGAGUCGCGCCGCUGCCCUUUCUGGGAGAGCGGCGUAGCUCCGCCCACUCUGCGCAGACCUUUUUUUUACUAUAGCAUGGAGACUGCCCUGUGUAUGAAUGUACAUAUUCUAUAGGUGUGUGUGUGUGUGUAUAUAAUUGUGACUUUUGUACAUAUUUAUACGAUGUCUGUGUGUCCCAGAUUAGAGGCUUUUUAUUUUUGAUGUUUUUUUUUUUCACGAUCACCGUAUUGGAGAUGGCGUUCUAUUUUUCCGUUUUUAGCGGUCGGAUCAGAACCACGAUGUGCCUAUUCUUCACACUGCUCAGAGGAUUUAUAAGCUGAAAACCCAGACACACACGAUGUAGACAUUCCCCGUAGGACCUGCGCUGCACCUUCCGGCAGAACCAAGCCUAAAACCACAACCGGAGAGCAGCCGCGUCCCACCGGGAAUGGCGUGAUAUUUUUCUACCCCUCUGUCCUUUUUUUUUUUUUUUUUAUAUGGAAAACCCAAAUCUGAAACCAUCCUGUACUUAACCUGGUGCCUAAUAAACACAAUUCUGCUUUA